AUGUCGUCCAGUGAGAUAUAUCGCUACUAUUACAAGACCUCCGAGGAUUUGCAGGGUUUCAAGGCUGGCGCAACGGAGCCAUAUUUUAAUCCCAUGGCUGCCUAUAAUCCAGCCGUUACACACUAUCAGUUCAAUUGCAAUUCGUUGGCCAGCUCCAGCAAUUAUCUAUCGGCCAAUGGCUUCAUCAGUUUCGAGCAGGCCAGCUCCGAUGGUUGGAUCACCUCAUCGCCGUCCAGCCAUCGUUCCGAGAGUCCCGAGUAUGUUGAUCUCAAUACCAUCUACAACAAUGGCUGCAACGUCCUGCCGCAAGCACAGCAGUUCCCGUUGACCCUGGAGCAGGCAGCACCGGUUGCUAUAGGCGCUGCAGCACCACAGUCCGCAUUGGUUAUCAUGGGCUCACCUAAUGUGGGCACUUGUAAGACGUUGCCAGCGGCAGCUCCAACGGCGAAGCCCAAGCGAAGCUACACCCGCAAGAAUCAGCAAGUGGCAGCCACUGAAACGGUAAACGCCUUAACAAACACAGCCGCGCCCACAUCUCAGUGCAACAACAACAAUCCCAAUGUGCAACUUUAUGGCGAUGACUUCCAAAGCUUUGAUUUCGACAAUUCGGCUUUAUUUGAUGACAGCGUCGAGGAUGACGAUGACAUGAUGCUCUUCGACGAUGACUUCGAUGGGGAUGGCAACGAGGGCUCCUUCGAGCUGGGCGAUGGCGAUAGUGAGGAUGCCUCCGCUAAUCCGGAUGCACCAGCCAGCGGUGCCGGCAAGAAGCGUCGUAACAAGCAAAUCUCACCGGUGGUCAAGCGGAAGCGUCGUCUGGCUGCUAACGCCCGGGAGCGUCGUCGCAUGCAGAAUCUGAAUACGGCCUUCGAUCGACUGCGUCAGUAUCUGCCCUGUUUGGGCAAUGAUCGACAGCUGUCCAAGCACGAGACCCUGCAGAUGGCCCAGACCUACAUCUCGGCAUUGGGUGAUCUGUUGCGCUAAAUGGAC